GCAGCCCUGUUACAUCACACUUCCCUCCGUUCCUCCCUCCCAGUGUUCCAGGUUAACGAAGAAAACUUCAGAAUUGCUCAAGUCAUUGAGACUCCGUUAAAGUCUGAUCUGGGUGUUCUCAUUUGAAAGUUUUGAAUAUCAAUAAGGUUCUGGCUGCACAUUUUACAGGCACAUGAUGAUUGUCAUUUCGCUGAUGCUCCUGGUGUCAAUGCUGAGUUCAUUAAUUCAAGGCUUCGAAACCACUUCUGGAAUCCCAGGUGUACCCGGUUGUCAUGGAAUACCAGGGAUACCUGGCAAAGACGGCAGAAAUGGUAUAAAAGGAGCAAAAGGAAAUCCAGGUGUCCCUGGCUUCGCUCUCUCUCAGGGUGGAGAUGGCGAGAAAGGCGAUACAGGAGACACUGGCCCAACCGGAAAGAGAGGGCGAAGGGGGCCUCCAGGGGAAAGGGGGGAUCCAGGCAAUGUGGGAGAGAAAGGGGAAAAAGGGCGAUCAGGAGACCACAAGAGCACAUUAAAAUCUGCCUUUUCUGCAAAGAGAGGGGGACACACAUAUCCACCACGGGAGACCCACAUCAGAUUCAGUAAAAUCAUAUCUAAUGAUCAAAAUCACUAUAACAGUGACACAGGUGUGUUCACCUGUAACAUAACCGGUUUUUAUUACUUUGUGUACUACGCAACGUCAGAUAAUAAUUUAUGCAUUAACUUGAACAUGAAUGGAAUAAAGAAAGCUGGCUUCUGCAAUCACGGCCAGUUCUAUCAGGCCAGUUCUGGAGGAAUUGUACUCCACUUGCAGGUCAAUGAUGAGGUUUGGCUUGAAGCAACAGAUUACAAUGCCAUGAUGGGGAAAGAAGAUCAUGACAGUGUCUUCAGUGGAUUUCUUCUCUUUCCAGAUUAAGAAUUCAAAGAAAACGUUUGGCUGAAUGCUCUGUUGGAAAUCUUAAAAGUUGUCUUUAUCAUGUGGCUAACAUUUGCCUAUUAAAAUUGAGAUAAAUCA